AUGAGGCUGAAAAAUAAGGAGAGCGGGCCUGAAGCGCUUCGUUGCAGCCCAUUGGAUUGUCAGACAGAGUUCAGUCCCAAACCCAACUCAAGCAGUCAAGCAUCUUCGAUUGAACCUCCAACUUUCAACUGUAUUGUCAUCCCCGCCAGUUUUUCAGUGUUGAGCGCAAAUCGGCCGGGGGGUGAGCGCAAGUCACGGAUGAUUCGCCGUCCAAAAUCUCUCCCAGUCUCCAUUUACAGGCUGGGACUCCGUCGAUGUUUUCAGCUAGAACAACUUCGUUCCAAGUCUAGCCGACGGUACAGACUUGGAGACGGCGAACGCGAUGGUGAUAUGAUCCGAAAGCCGAAGGAAGAUCGAGAAGGGAAGAUACGUCUGUUGAAGAGUAGGGGCCAGCACAUCCUGACCAAUCGACGAGUUCUGGACUCUAUUGUUCACAACUCCGACGUCAAGCCGACGGACACGGUGCUCGAGGUCGGACCCGGCACCGGAAAUCUCACUCUGAGGCUCCUCGAGGCUGCCGAAACGGUUGUGGCAAUCGAAAUCGAUAGACGAAUGGUCGAGAUUCUUCGCGGCCGCGCUGAAGAAGGUGGGCUUGAGGAUCGGCUUAAAAUUAUAGGCGGGGACGCGUUGAAGACUGAGUUUCCGAGGUUUGAUCUCGUUGUGGCGAACAUUCCAUAUGGAAUAUCUUCCCCUCUAGUGGCUAAAUUCGUGUUUGGGGCGAACCCAUUUCGGAGCGCAACUCUUCUCCUUCAGAAGGAGUUUGCUCGGCGGCUAUUGGCCAAUCCCGGAGACUCUGAGUACAACCGCUUGGCUGCAAAUGUCAAGCUGGUGGCCAAUGUGGAGUUUAUUAUGGAUGUCAGCAAGAGAGACUUUGUACCCUGUCCAAAAGUUGAUUCUUCAGUUGUCAAAAUCUGGCGUAGACCCGAAAUUCCUGAUAUCGAUCUUCACGAGUGGUUGGCCUUCACGAGAACGUGCUUCAGCAAGAAAAACAAAACCUUGGGCGCGACGUUUAAGAAGAAGAAGAAGGUGAUAGAGCUGUAUAGGUUGUCAACAUUAUCAGGCUCUAAUGGAGAAAAUACAGGGAAUUGUUACAGUGGUGACUCUAGUCACGAUGAAGAGGAAGAAGAUGAAGAAAGUGCGGGGGAUGAAGCCGCCUGCUCUUUGUCAGAAAUGGAGAUGAAUCUGUUCAGGGAGAACAUAGUUGGAAUCCUGAAAUCUAGUGGUUUCCACGAUAAAAGACCUUCAAAGCUGUGUAACGAGGAGUUGCUGGAUUUACUUUUCAAGUUCAAUCAAGCUGGAAUAUGGUUUCAAGAUCGUGUAAGACCAAGAGAUGCAGCAUUUACUGCUUCGUACGGCCCAUGAAACUACAGUUGUGAUGCACAUCAACUAUGGAAGUAAACCUAAACCAGCCUUAUUAAUUUAUUUUAUUUAUGCACCUAUCACAAGGCCCUCUACUCAUUGGCCCCUCAGCAUCGUAGAGGAGUAAAUCAGGGAUGUGCCUCGCACUGAUCAAGACUCGAACACGGGUUCACGACCGAGGGCCUAGAGAGCAACACCUCCGCAAGAACUUUCCGCGUCUUCCUAUUGCCAGCGGAGAUAUGCCCCUGGGGGCUAAGCCAGUCUUAUUUUGCCACUGGCUUCUAUGAUUUUGGCCAUUGUUUCACAGUCAAAGAUCAUCUGUACCGUGCUGCAAGCGUGUGGAAACCUAGAUGUAGCUAAAGAAAUGCUUUGGAAAGAUGAGGAAUUACAGAAAGGAGGAGGAUUUUCCUUCA